UUCUUCACUCAUAUGGGUAUAUCACUCAUAUACCCAACUCAACACGUUCUCUCUGUGCCUGCUGAGAGCUCAACCACUGCAGCAAUGCCUACCUCUGGUGUUUGUAUGAACAUCAUCAAUGCCCGGCAUCAGAACAGUGGCCGUGGGACCAUCGCCAAACCCAUUAACUUCCUCAACCAAGACUACGAGCAGAUGAAACAGUACUGCCUCAGCCGACGAGUAAGGUACAUUGAUGAGAUGUUCCCCCCUGACAGUAACACCAUCGGCCAAGGGGUACUGACACCUUCUGACCUGGACCGUGUGGUGUGGCUGAGACCAGCGGUUAUGGUAUCCAAUCCAUCUUUUGUUGUUGAAGGGGUCUCAAGAUUUGACUUUGGUCAAGGCUACCUUGGAAACUGCUGGUUCCUUGCAUCUAUCGGAGCUCUGACAUUCCACAAGUCAAUACUAAAGCAAGUUGUUCCUCCUGAACAAAGUUUUAAUGAGGACUACUGCGGGCUGUUCCACUUCAGGUUUUGGAGGUUUGGGAAAUGGAUGGAUGUUAUCAUUGAUGACAAGCUACCAACAAUUGAUGGAAGAUUAAUCUUCGUCCAUUCCAAAACUCCGACUGAGUUCUGGCCUGCUUUGCUGGAGAAAGCCUAUGCCAAGGUGUGUGGUUCAUACGCAGAUAUGAAGACUGGAACUCCUGCUGAGGCUUUGGUGGACUUCACUGGCGGUGUCCACAUAUACGUGAACCUCACAGUACCUCCUCCGGACCUGUGGGAGCUGAUGACAAGAGCUGGACAGAAUAUUUCCCUGAUGGGCUGUGGGACUCAUAAGGGGAAGACUUCUGCCAUCAAUGUGCUGCCAAAUGGAUUGGUCCAAGGCCAUGCCUAUGCUGUCACUGGUGUGAAACAGUUUAUGAGUCAAGGGAGACUUGUUAACCUUGUGCGUUUGUGGAACCCCUGGGGCAAAACAGAGUGGAACGGACAGUGGAGCGAUCAUUCGCCUUUGUGGCAGACUGUGACUCCUCAGGAUCAUGAAAUGUGCCUUUCAAUGAGAAAUAAUGGAGAGUUUUGGAUGACACUGGAAGACUUCUGUGAGUUCUACGAUGAUCUUGACAUCUGCUGCCUGUGUCCAGACUUCCUUGAUGGAAGCUCCUCGUGCCAUUGGAAGUCGUCAUUCUAUGAGGGCAGAUGGGUUGCAGGAACCACGGCUGGAGGAUCCACGGAGAACUAUGAAAAAUUCUCAACUAAUCCACAGUAUCGGAUCAAGGUCGGCAAAUUAUUCGCUGAGUGUUCAGAGAACCAGGGGGAAAAAAACUUUCUGAUGUCUCUCAUGCAAAUGCCCGACAAAAGGAACAGACGCUUGGUCCAAAAUCUCCACAUUGGACUCCACGUAUUUGAGGUGACUGAAGAAUACCAGGCACACAAAGGGAGGUUCCCAGCCUCUUUCUUUAGCAAAAACAAAGUUGUGGCAAAAACUAAAAGCUACUUGAACGCACGUGACGUGAUGGAGUUCGUCAUGUUGAAGCCUGGUGAAUACCUGAUUGUGCCGUCCACCUACCAUCCCAAUGAGACGGCCUCCUUCAUCCUGACCAUCCUGUCCAAGGCCGAGAACCAUGUGCAUGAGGAUUCUGGAGGCCAUAACCACGAACACAACGAAACAAAAAAGAAAACACCAGAGGAAAGUGUAGUGGAUGACGCAAAUAAGAGAAACUUUUUCCGUCAAAACUCUGACAAGUAUGAAGAAGUGGACGCUGAAUUGCUUCAGACGAUUCUAAAUGACCGAAUCUUGAAAGGAGAUUUGAAAUCUGGAGGCUUCAGCAUCGAUGCCUGUCGCAGCAUGAUUUCUCUGAUGGAUACAUCUAUCACGGGCAAACUGAAUGGCAAGGAAUUCCUGCGUCUGUGGAAGAAGGUCAUUGUGUACAAGGACAUUUUCUCCCAAAAGGACGUUUCACUUACAGGAACGCUGUCUCUGAAUGAGCUCAGGAAUGCUGUCAUGGCCUCAGGAAAGCAUGUCAGCGAUGACAUACUGAAUUUGAUGGCUCUGCGCUACGGUGCCUCCUCUGGACACAUGACACUGGAGAGUUUCAUUAGUCUCCUCCUUCGCUUUGAAUGCAUGUCCCAAAUCUUCAAGCAGCUGUCUGAUGGAUCGACCAUGACUCUUGGUGAAUCAGAGUGGAUGUACCUUUCCAUGUACACUUAACCUGCAGAGAAGAUGAGCUGCAGGACUCAUUUGGAAUAACUGCAGCAGACGAUGUUCAAAAAGAAUAAAUGAAGACAUCUCUUUUGCAAAUUAGCUGUUCUAUAUUUUUUUAACCACAGGGCGUUUCUUUCACUCCAUUGCAAAGCUGAGUGGGAGAACAAAUGGAAUACACACACAGAUAUGCUAUCAGAUACUCUGAAUAUCUUUUUUUUCUUUCACUGCGUGGAUCCUGGCUACACCCCUAGUCAAUGUAAUAAUGUACAUUGUGAAUGGGUACUGUUCAUUUUAAGUGGCGUACUGCAUUUUCCGAUUAACUAUUAGAUGGAAAUACUAUAAUUUUGGGCCAUGCAAUAAGCACGUAUCACUGGUACCCAUGAAGCCAUAUAGCUUUCUGUAAUCUUCCACCUUUGUCUCUAUAUGAUUACCAUGUUGUUAACAGUGACAGCAACAUUUCAAUGUUAAUCCGAUCAAGACACUAGAAUAAGACAUGCCAUAUAAAGAUAAUUUAUUGAUUACUUUAACCUGAAUAAGGUCUUACUCAGAAUAAGUUCUAUUCAAAUCAAGAAAUAUGGAGUAUUCCGAGCUAAAUCAGAUUAUGACAACAUGUAUAGGUCUUAAUAAUAUUAAAAGGUCCAACUGGAGUUUUCAUUGAAUUUUGCGACCAACAGCUUCAUGACAUUUGCCCUGGGUCUAAACAAUGCUGUGAUUGUCAAGUCUUUUGAAAUUUACUAGAACUCUUUUAUAUGUGGGGAAUUGCUUUUUCAGUUUUAGGUGGGAGUUUUAUUUUUUUCAAUUUUUUUGGUGAAGGUUUUUUGAUUGUAUUUAACAAAAUAAAGAUAUAAUCCAGGUU